UGCAGCAGGCGUGCUCGCUGUUUGCAGCAGUGCCCAGCCUCUCUCUGCGAAAUAAUGCUUUUUGUAUUCCCGCAUGCCGUUUGUUUUCUUUUAUAAAAUGUCAAGUGCAGACAAGUCAUAGUCGUAACCGUCAUGGUCUAUCGUCGAUCCAGUAGGUUGACCUAGCUCAUACGAUCCUCAUCAUCAAACGGUGGGUACUCGGCUCUGGCGUCAUGCAUGCACUACCACAGCCGGGGAACCAACGUUAUAUCAAGGUAUAAACAGGAUGAGGCCUAUUUGUUAGACCCCGACCAACCCACCUCCGCUCAACGAGAAUAUCAUCGUGAUGGCCGAUGAUGAUGAUCAACAACAACCUGGUCAGCUGAAGCCCAACUCGGGAUUGGGCUCUCUUCCAACGUUAGUACCAGGACUACAGGGCCCCGAGGCCAAUGCGUUGCAGUACAAAAUAAAGAAUUCAAUUUGCAAAUCUGUACAAUCAAAAGUGGACAACAUAUUGCAAGAUGUUGAGAAGUUUACAGACAUCGAGAAACUCUACCUCUACCUUAAGUUGCCUUCUGGUCCCAACAAUGGCAUUGAUAAAAGGACUGAGAAUCAGAGAGCCUCCACUCCUGGACUAUGUGACCAGAGUGGCAUGUCGUCCAGCCGAACACAGCAGAUGUACGCUUUCAACUGGAUCCGCAAUCACCUAGAGGAGCACCCUGAGACAUCACUGCCUAAGCAAGAGGUGUACGACGAGUACAAGAGCUACUGUGACAGUCUUGCCUACCACCCACUGAGUGCUGCAGACUUUGGAAAGAUCAUGAAGAACGUCUUUCCCAACAUGAAGGCUCGCCGCCUGGGCAUGAGAGGCAAAUCUAAAUACUGUUAUAGUGGACUGAGGAAGAAAGCUUUUGUUCACAUGCCUUCUCUGCCCAACCUGGACUUACAAAAAUCAGAUGACGGGUGUGAGUUAAUGGAGCCGUCGUCGGGCCAGUCUCCCAGUGCGGAGGAUGAGAUGCGCUCAGCGGCCUGUGGCUUGGUGUGUGAGUGGGCUCAGAAGGUCCUCAGCAGACAGUUUGAUGCCGUGGAGGACUUGGCUCGCUUCCUGCUCAACAGUCACUACAUAGGAACCAAGUCCAUGGCUGCCCUCACCGUCAUGACUGGGGCUCCCACAGGUCUAAAGACGCCCACGCCAACCUCUGCGUUCGUGCCCACGUCCGAGGCCUCGUCCUUCCAGCCGCAGGUGAAGACGCUGGCCUCUCCCUCGGUAGACGCCAAGCAGCAGCUCCAGAGAAAGAUCCAGAAGAAACAGCAGGAGCAGAAGCUCCAGUCCCCCCUGCCUGGAGAGGCCCAGGGACAGAACCAGGCCAGGAGGACCGAGGCCAGCACCCCAGGGCCAGCUAUCCCUUGUGGAAGUCCUGCUCUGCUCUCACCACAACCUACCAUUGGUAUAGUGGUGGCAGCUGUCUCCAGUCCCAUCACGGUCCAGAGGAGCAGACAGCUGAUGACUUCCCCUAGCCCAGUGGGAUCCGCCGAGGGGAAGGUCCUGCCAACGGUCAACUUCCAGGUGGUCACCCACACCCAGUCUCUGACCCACAGGCAGUCCCCGAAGACUCCCCAAAACAUCUCAGCCAGCCCCGUGGGCGACCGCCUGGCCAGGCACAGGUACCCCCAGAUCCUCCCCAAGCCCUCAGCCACGGGGGCCAUCACCCUGCGUUCGCCCCCCACCCUGCUCAUCACAAACAGCCCCAUGAAGACCCACCACGUUGUCAAGAUGACCGCCAUCUCCCUGGCCCCUAGCAACACUCUCAGUACCAGCAGUAACAGUAUGGUCCUCAGGCCAGCUUCGGCCGGGGUGGGAACCACCACCACCACCACCACCUUUACCACCAUCGCUGCCCUAGAGGAGGUUCAGCAACAGGGACAGAGCCAGGGAGGCCCCCCAGCCCCAGCCACCCCCCAGUCCCCUGCAGCAUGGCCUGGCGCCCCACCCUCCACCCCUAUUCCCACAGUGGUCCCUGAGGCCAUCAUCACUGAUAAUACCCCGGGCUGUAACUCUGAUAAACGGAGCACCAUAAAGCAGUCCCCCUGUGGGGCCAAAGGUCCAGAGAGAGCCACCAAGUACCGGGCGGCCAGCGAACCCUCGCUUAUGGUCAAAUGCUCACCAGGACCUGACAGAGUGACCGCUAGGACCAAAAGCGUCUCAUUCUCCUCCACCUCUCCUCCAGCUGCUGCCACCAAUGCAGCGAUCAAGUGGGCGGGGCCUCAGCAGGACAGCAAUAAGAGCAUCAUCGCCACCACCUGUCAUCAAGAAAGUCCUUUGUAUCUGACUGUUGCUCCCUCGGCCAAUCAAAAUACUCCUAACGUCAGCGGAAUGUCCUCCUCGUCCAAUGGCUCGUCGGCUGUUACCUUAUUGUCCCCUAAAGACUCCUCGUUUGGGGUCAAGAGCCCCAGGAAGCGGGCCGGCCCCGGGCUGGAUUCCUCCCACGUCAUCCCUGUGAAGCGCGUCUUCAUCUCCCAGCAGCCUUUGAGUGUGACCUUUGACCCCAAACCAUGGGUUCCAGCUAGACCUGGCACUCCUGCCAGACCUGAGAGUGCCCCCUGUCGAGUGACAGUGAAACAACACCUAAUGCCCACGAAGAUCCUGGCGCUGUCCGACUCGCCUGUCACGAACGCAGACAUCUCCUCCCUCUCUUCCUCGCAGGCUGUCGUCAGUGUGAAGCCACAGGUCUCCUCGUUGCUGGUAGUGAAACGCGAAGACCCGUCCUCUCGAGGACUAACACUAAGCACUGUCAGCAGUCACACCAGCAGCACUGCAGCCCCUGAUAGCACCACCACCACAGUGUCUGAGCAGCAGCAACACUCUGGGGCCUCUGUCUCUGUGAUGGCGGUAGGAGCACAGCAUCAAUCUGAGGCCUCUGUCUCUGUGAUGGCGGUAGGAGCACAGCAUCAAUCUGAAGCCUCUGUUUCUGCGAUGGCGGUAGGAGCACAGCAUCAAUCUGAGGCCUCUGUCUCUGUGAUGGCGGUAGGAGCACAGCAUCAAUCUGAGGCCUCUGUCUCAGCGAUGGCGGUAGGAGCACAGCAACAAUCUGAGGCCUCUGUCUCUGUGAUGGCGGUAGGAGCACAGUGUCAAUCUGAGGCCUCUGUCUCUGUGAUGGCGGUAGGAUCACAGCAACAAUCUGAGGCCUCUGUCUCUGUGAUCGGGGAUAUAAAGAGCACAAUGUGGGAGGAGUCAGCUGCGGGGCAGCCGGAAGAGCUGCAGAAACAGACCUUCAGUCAGAAUAUACCAGCAGACCACACCAAGCAGCAGGCCCUGGGCUCCACCAUGAACCAACACCAACUCCCAAACAUCAUGUCCCAGACCUCAGACUCCUCUGAUCAGUUAUCUGGCCUUCACCAGGAGAUGGUGGACUUUGCCUCCUCAGCCUCCCAGCACGGCUCCACCAUGGACUACUUCUCCUUUAACGAUGACGAUAUGACCCAGGACAGCAUAGUGGAGGAACUGGUUCAGAUGGAGGAACAGAUGAAGCUGAAGGGCCUCCAGCCGUUGUUCAGUAGCUGUGUGGAUAAUAUCUCUCUCCAGGGACAGCCUGGGGGCCCCCAGGGGUCCAUCCUCAACACUCACCACCAGGGGGAUAGUUCCUCUUUCUACCAGUCUGCCCAUAGCAGCACAACCCCCAUCCAGACUCCCACCCCGACUCCCACCCCGACUCCAACCCCGACCCCCACCGAGAUGACUCUCGGUGGGCACGGGCUGACCAGAGAGAGCCCCUGUUGCCAUCACAGCAUGGCCCCUAUCACGCCCGUGGAGGGGCCUCUAGGAGGCCGACACACCCCUAUAAGCGCUCUGUCUAACUGUUCUAGCGGCAUUCCGCCCAGCCCUGUGGAGUGCAGGAACCCGUUUGCCUUCACCCCUAUCAACUCCAGCAUGGCAGGGGGUUACCACGAUGCCUCCGUGGUGUCUGUCUCCUCCAGUCCCAUCAAGCCCAUGCAGAGACCCAUGGCCACGCACCCAGAUAAGGCUAAACUGGAGUGGAUCAACAACCGCUACAACAGUAGUGGUACUGAAGCUACUGGAGGAGUCGGAGCAGGGCCAGGGUCUGGGUUAUCCAUCUCUAACCACAGCCUUGGUGGACUCCUGCCUAGUUACCAGGAUCUAGUGGAUGACCAUUUCCGUAAGCCGCACGCCUUCGCUGUUCCGGGCCACAGUGGCCAGUCUUUCCAGUCUCAGUCCAGACUGCAGGAUGGCGAACACUUCUCUCCCAUCUCCCCGGUGCAACAGCAGAUGACCAGCGUGUCGACCACGCCCACCAACACUCCAACCAAACAGGAUGAGAGAUUUGCUGUGCCCGCCCCUUUAGACAACAAGGGCGGAGCCUCAUCGUCGGGGGGCGGGACGUUCCGUUGCCGUAGCGUCAGCCCCGCCGUGCGCCAGAGGACCUUCAGCGGCACUGGCACAACCACUCAAUUGGUCGUCUCCCCUUUCAGCUCCCCCAUGACCUCCUCCGAGAUACUCAGCUUCCUGUCCAAUAGCCAAUCGGUGGGCAGUAACCUCCACAGCAUGGCCCAGCGCAGCCAAUCGGUGCCCUUAAACAUCAUGAUGCAGAGCGUUGUGGAGAUGGAGCUGCUUCCUGUAGAGAUGCAGGCCAUCCAGGGACAGAACCAGAGUAAUGCCAAUAAGAUCACCAACGUCCUCUUGAGUAAGAUGGACUCUGGCGUGGACGACACAGUCAGGGGCCUGGGCAUCAACAACUUCCCCUCCAACUACACUGCCCGCAUGAACCUCACCCAGAUGCUGGAGACCCAGUCUCAGAGCCAGGCCACCAAUGGGAGCUUCACAACCGGAAGGGGAGGAGGUAACACCCACCAAUCCCACCUUCAGCUGCAGACCGUCAGCUCCAGCCCUGCCUCCUUCGACCUCCAGCAGCAUGGGGGCUACCUCACCAGCGCUGGAGGAGGCGGGGGUGGGGUGAGCUUCUCCUCUGGAGACAACCAAGCACAAUCAGGUCCUGGUGAGAAUGUGGAUCUGGAGCUCCAGCAGAUCCAGGGCCUCCAAGAGCUCCAGACCCAGACCCAGCUCCAAUCCCAGGCUAGACUGCUCCAGAGUCCCCAGCUCCAGGGUGGGCUCCAGCUUCUCCAGACCCAGACCCAGCUCCAAUCCCAGGCUAGACUGCUCCAAAGCCCCCAGCUCCAGGGUGGGCUCCAGCUUCUCCAGACCCAGACCCAGCUCCAAUCCCAGGCUAGACUGCUCCAGAGUCCCCAUCCCCAGCUCCAGCUUCUCCAGACCCAGUCCCAGGUACUCCUCCAGCCCACCCCCACCCAGCAGCAGCAGGACGAUGACGCCCAGCAACAGCUAGACUUCAACAACACUGUUAAAGACCUGUUAGGUGACGACGGCCUCAACGUUGACGCUGAAGGCCUCAACCCCAGCUCUCAACUGGUCGGUCAGGUGGCGUCAGAGCUUAAUGCCGCCGUGGUGUCCGACUUCACCAAUGACAUCAGGUUGACCUCCGACCUUUCCAACAGCAUCACUGACCUGAACACACUGGACGCCAACCUCCUGUUCAAUCCGUCCAAUCAGCAGCAAGAACAGUACGAAGACGCCACACUGGAAGAGCUGAAGAACGAUCCUCUGUUUCAGCAGAUAUGUAGUGAUACUGUGAACUCCUCGUUCGACUGGCUAGAGAGCAAAGACCAGCCUACUACCGUAGAGAUGUUGGGCUAAUGUUGUUAUUGGACGCAUCCCAAAUGGAUGCUCAUUCUCUACAUAGUGCACUACUUUUCAUCAGGGUCCAUAGGGUCGACCCAUAGAGCCUGGUCAAACGAAGUGCACUAAAUAUAGGGAAUAGGAUGCCAUUUCAAAUGCAAACCAGUAUUUUUAAAUAAGUAUUUAUGGUUUUCGUUUUGUUGUCUUUUGUUUUGAACUGUGAGUAAUUUGUAUACAGUGUAUUUGGGAAAAUAUUCAGACCCCUUCACUUUUUACACAGUUUGUUACGUUACAUUCAUUCUUAUUCUAAAAUGGAUUCCAUUGUUUUUUCCCCCUCCAUCAAUUUACACACA